AUGCUAAGGAAACCCCUGUCUUUAAUUAGAGUGUUUCCUAAGGCCGGAUGGAGGCCUGUGGUCAAAAGAGCCUCUUCACACGCCCUAAGAGUCACUUUUUCUAAUGGCCCAUCGUCGCCGUUACAUCGUCAUCAAAUCUCGUCGUCUCGUCCAUUUUCCAGUACUUCCCGCGCCUACAAUAUUAGCAUUACCGAAGAAGAGUUGGAAAUCCUUAAUGAAGAAAGAGCUAUCGAUAACGUGGAUGUUUGUAUUGUUGGGGGAGGUCCAGCAGGGCUUGCUACCGCAAUCAAACUCAAGCAAUUGGAUCACGAUGAUAAGCUUAGAAUUGUAGUUCUCGAAAAGGCCGGGGAUAUGGGAGCUCAUAUCAUUUCCGGGGCAGUCCUUGAGCCAAGGGCCCUUAGAGAACUUUUCCCUGACAGUGAAUUCUAUGAUGAGAAUGGUGAAGGUAUUCCUCUCCCACCAGAAUUAGUCACCAAGGUCACCAAAGAUUCCAUGAGAUUUUUAUUUGAUGAGUUUUCUGUUCCGUUACCUGAACCUCCUCAGAUGAUCAAUAAAGAUAAGAACUACAUUGUCUCACUAAACCAAGUAGUCCAACAUCUUGCUGGGGUUGCUGAAGAAAUGGGGAUCGAAGUGUACCCUGGUAUCGCGGUAUCGGAAGUCAUUUAUGGACAAUCAGAUGAUGGCUCGUCAUUUGUCAAAGGGAUCGCCACCAAGGAUAUGGGGAUUUCCAAGACUGGGAAACCUAAGGACUCUUUUGAAAGAGGAAUGGAAUUCCAUUCCAAAAUCACAGUUUUUGCCGAAGGUUGCCAUGGGUCAUUGUCAAAGCAGGUGAUUUCUAAAUUUAACUUGCGUGCCAAUUCGGAGCCCCAAACUUAUGGUCUUGGGAUCAAAGAAGUCUGGGAACUUGAUCCUGCCAAGUUUGAAAAAGGUUUGGUGGCCCACAGUGUAGGGUACCCAUUAAAUAACGAGGCGUACGGUGGGGGAUUCAUGUACCAUUUUGGCGAUGGGUUAGCCAGUAUCGGGCUUGUCAUUGGUUUGGAUUAUGAAAAUCCCUGGAUCAACCCUUACCAGGAAUUCCAAUUGAUGAAACAUCAUCCAUUCUACAAGCAAUUCCUUGAAGGAGGUAAAUGUAUUUCUUAUGGUGCCAGAACUUUGAACGAAGGGGGAAUUCAAUCGGUUCCAAAAUUGCAUUUCCCUGGUGGGGUGCUAGUUGGGGCCACUGCUGGUUUUAUGAAUGUUCCAAAAAUUAAGGGAACUCAUACUGCCAUGAAAUCAGGAAUGUUGGCUGCCGAAUCGAUUUUCGCAGCAAUUAAGGAUCUCCCUAGUGCCAAUGAGUUGGCAGAGCAAGAAGAAAUGGAAGAAGAAGAAGGAGAAGCACAAUCUUUUAGUUCCAAAUCACAAGUUGACAUCCCCCCAAUUGAUUUAUCAUCUUAUCAAACUGCGUUCAAGAAUUCCUGGGUCUACGAAGAAUUGGAUCAAGUGCGUAAUGUUAGACCAUCGUUCAACUCUCCAUUUGGUCUUUAUGGUGGGCUUGUUUACUCUGGUAUCGACACAUUAUUGCUUAAAGGUCAACUCAACUACACAUUUUCACAUCGUGCCCCUGGUGUCACUGAUGCUAAUGUAACUAAGCCUGCGUCAGAAUACCAACGUAUUGAGUAUCCUAAGCCGGAUGGGAAGAUCUCGUUUGAUAUCUUGACUUCGGUCAGUCGUACUGGAACUUACCAUUCAGAAGAUGAAGAAAGUCAUCUUCGACUCACCACCCCAUCGGCACCUUUCAAAUCUCAGGGAGCUAAUGAUCAAGAGACCAUGAAUGAUCAUGUCGAAUCCAGUUAUCAGGUGUACCAGGGAGUAGAGAAUCGGUUCUGUCCAGCAGGGGUGUACGAAUAUUUGGAAGACGGUGAUAAAAUGAAGUUCCAGAUUAAUUCCCAGAACUGUAUUCAUUGCAAGACCUGUGACAUUAAAGUGCCAACCCAAGACAUCAACUGGAGUGUUCCAGAAGGUGGUGAUGGACCAAAAUACUACAUGACUUGA